AACUCUUCCAUUGUGCAGAUUGAAAGAAUGGAUCCAAACGACGCUACUUAUCUUACUCGCAAAUUAUUGUCACAGAAUCCAGAAGACCCUGAUGACGUCUGGUAUUACUUUGAAAAGAAUGGCUACGGAUGGAUCAACCCCUUACACGACAUUCCUUUGUACGUAGAUAAACAGAAAGGAAUACUAAAUAUGAUUGUUGAAAUUCCUCGAUGGACAAACGCCAAGUUGGAGCUGAAAUCUGCUGAACCUUUGGCCCCCAUUGUACAAGACACGAAGAACGGUAAACGACGAUAUGUACACAACGUAUAUCCAUAUAAAGGAUAUAUCUGGAAUUAUGGAUGUUUUCCUCAGACUUGGGAGGAUCCGUCGCAAGUACAUAUGGAGACGGGAGCGUUGGGAGACGGAGAUCCUUUGGAUGUUUGUGAAAUUGGAACAACUAUAGCAAAAGUUGGCGAAAUUAAACAAGUGAAAGUGUUGGGAGUAUUGGGAAUGAUCGAUAGUGGAGAAAUGGAUUGGAAGAUUGUGGCAAUCGAUGUUCAUGAUCGUCUUGCUGAAGAACUCAAUGACGUGGAUGAUUUGUAUAGGAUGUUACCUGGUUUACAACAUGCCACUUUUUCUUGGUUCCGCACUUACAAAAUCCCAGAUGGGAAAAAGGAAAAUUUAUUUGCCUUUCGAGAAGAGAUACAAAGUCGCUCCUAUGCCAUGGAAAUUGUUGAAGAAUGUCACAAAAGCUGGCACAAGCUAGUAACUGGUCGUGUAACCCAUCCAAAUCACAACUGUAUCAAUACCACUUUGGAGCCUUCCUUUUCUCCUUACCGAUGUCAUGUGGAGGAAGCAGACAAGUUGAUAAGAGCACUUCAAUCCAAUAUGAGGGAAACAACGAAUUCUAAAGUGGAAUCCAAGUUGACACGAAAUCAAUCCCUUGCAGAAAUAACAAAAGGAGAUGCAGAUACUCAUAUGGAAGACAAUGCUGCAACCCGACAACUAUUAACUAUCAAAAGAUUUUGUACCCAACAACAACGACAGUUUCCACAUGGAAGCAAUGAUUUGGCUUUAUUAAUGUCCGAAAUGGGAGUUGCCUUUAAAUGCAUUGCAGCUUAUGUCAAGGAUCGACCCUUGAUAAAGCUUUAUGAUAUGCAGAGAUAUGCAGAUUUUCAAAUUUACAGUUCUUUGGCUUCAUCGGGUUUAUGUUGCUUAAUAUAUUCUACUUUUGCAAAGGAGUUUUUAUCAUUGGAUAAAAAUAUACCCGUAGGCAAUUAUGUUGUAGUUUAUACUCCCUUAUGUGGAGUGAUGGGAGGUUCUCUUGGAACCAUUUUCUCCGUCUAUUAUCGUAAAUCUUCUUCUGGUAAAGAAGGAGAUACUUCAGACCUUCUUCAACGAACAGGCUUUGAUCAGGUGGCAGCUGGCUAUUGUCUUUACAGUAGUUCGAUAGUGUUUACAUUUUCUAUUGGAUUUGGAGUUCAUAUGUUUGGUUUGGAUAUUGUUUCUGGUCACUUUGUAGUUGCUCAUCCACAUGUUCACAUACCUGAAAGAGGUUUAUUGUAUUCUGUGGAUACUCAAGUUAUUUCCAAGGCUGUGGAUGGAGUAGAUGCAUUUAUUGCGAAUAUUGAGAAGGAUGCUAGUCGUCAUUUUCGGUUUGAAGAUUGUAUCGUGGCCAACUUCCAUAAGAUAUUAUGUCAAGGAGGUAUUAUGAUGCUGCCUGGUCCUAGGAAAGAGAAUCUUGCCAAUUUCCUUGGAGAAGCUGCACCCUUUGCGUUUUUAGCCCGACAAGCUGGAGGUAGAGCUAGUGUUGGUCGUAGACCUGUAUUAGAAUUGAGUGCUUGGUCGUUAGAGAUGUGUGUUCCUUUGUUUAUUGGUUCCAAAGAGGAUGUGGAUGAAGUAGAAAGGCUUGUCUUGGGUCAUUCUGUAAUAGAGAAAACAGUUAUGGGUGCAACUGUUAUGUACGAACUAUAAAGUAGUUGGUUCUUUCCAUAAAGCCCUUGUCGCUCGC